UGCGACGAUAUCGGCGAUAACGUCGUAUCCGUAGACGUCGCCACCGCUACCACCGAUACCACCACCACCACCACCGCCACCACUACCACCACCACUACCGCGGUCGCUGAUUGUUGCUGCUUUAACCGACUCAGUCGCAUCGAUUCUUACAAUCACUGGUAUCAGAGAUACGAAUGCGGAUUCUGUUACUUCUGCUCUUACGGCCUCUAUUGCCCUCUGGAAAACCCCGGAGACUUUUGUUGCGCCUGCGGCCCUUGUGAGGUACCCAAGAACGUGGAGGUAGACAUUGAUCAUUCCGUGUCCAACGUCAAGGAAUCUAAACUCCUUAGUUGACGUUCAUCCGGGUGAUGCGAGCUUGGAUACGGGAGCGGUAUGCGAAAUAAGUCAUCCCUUCGGCAUAGAGGAUGAUCGGGAAACGCGGUAACAAUAAAAUCAUGGACCGAAAAAGCGGCAUGCUCGGACGACGAACGUAUGAUAUCGUCGAUGAUGUGAGAAGCGAGUAGGCAAGUAUGGGCGCGCGGAGCAUUCUCAUCACCGAUCUCUCCGCGGCCUUCCGUCGCGAGUGCUGCUCUUUCUAGGCAUUCGUAAACAUAAACUCGGUGGCGGUCGCUGCAGCCAAGUUAGGACCGAACGCUGGUACACGGCUACAGUUGCGGUGUGAGGCAACCAAAAGACUAUAAAGACUCCAGAAACGAUGUGUUGUGCCUAAAAAACAAAAAUGAAAAAAACAGGAGUCGGAGAAGAUUAGGGAGAUACGAUGGAAAAGACGUUCCUCUGAUGAGUUGUAACAAAAGGACGGACGUGAAACCGCAGUAGAGGGGCAAAACGGUCUUUAGAUUAGUGGAACGAGUGUCGCUUUUAUUGACUAAACACAACAUUUUCGGGGAACAGACGCCGGCAUCGUCCCGGAACGAGCGUUUAUCGGCGGAACGGACGUCGACGUUGCGUACAGCGAGUCCUGGACGAGGUCGCGUUAGGGAGGAAGCGGAAACGAAGAAAAGGAACAGAGUCGAAGGUGGACGCGGAAUACACCACGGCGGAACUUGGUACAAACUGGGAAGAGAGUGGUCAAGUGAAUAGACGGCUCGGGCGAGGCGCAAUCCCCCUGUUUCGAUUUUUCGUUUGCCUCCUUCCGCUUCUCUCGCGGAGUCGAUCGCAUGCCGGACAGCAGGGGGAGAGAGGAGGGGGGGGGAGAGAAUGAGAGAGAGGAAAGGAAUGGAAAGGAGUAUUUUUGGUGAGGGAGGAAACACGUUGCGGGCUACGGAAAGAUAUAUAUAUAUACAUACAUAUAAAUUAAAAAUAUAUGUAUGUAUAUAUAUAUAUUCAAGUAUAUACAGAUAUAUGUAUAAAUUUAUGUAUAAAUAAUUAAUGUGUGGCUGUGAACACAUUUCAUUUAGAUACUGUGUAUAACGUGAUAAGAUUUAAUUCGGGAAGAUAUGAUGUUAGCGGGGCGGAACGGACGACGCGUCGGAGAGGGAAAGAAGAAGCGCGGGCAACGUGCGCGCGAAGAGGGAUACGCUUCCGAGCAGCGUUUCUUUACGCGAGCGAGCGAAAAUACAAUACAAAUAUACAAAUGAACACAUACAUAUAUAUACAUAUAUAUUAUAUACAUAUAUAUAUUUAUUAAAAAUAUAUAUAUAUAAUAUACGCAGGCGCAUGCACUCGCAUAUAUCCGUAACACGUACACCGGACGCGUCCGACCCCGACCGUGCUUUUCUCGGGCGACAAAUACCAACGCCGUGUGCCGAAGAAACGCAGGACACGGUGCUAAGGCCGGUAUUCAUAGUCCGUUCUUAUAUUUAAGAUCAUCUUAAGUAUACUC